AUGGCAAAGCAACAAGACACGAUCGUCGUGAAUACCGGCGUGAAGACCGAAGACGAUGAUUUCGACGACGAUGCUUCAGACGCGGAAGCUCCCAGCGACGGCUCUGGGAGUGAAGAGUUUGAAGUCGAGAGCCUCGAUGAAUCGCACCCGAUGCGACACCCGAUACACAAACUCAUAGCACUGGUUGACGGACCGUACAUGGAUCUUGAUCCCGACUAUCAGCGAGGAGUUGUCUGGACUGCGGACCGGAUGAGUAAACUGAUUGACUCAUUGAUGGAGAAUUACUACGUCCCUCCAGUAAUCUUCAACUGCUUCAGACUGGCAGGGAACGACGAAGGCGAACGUUGGAGGCGAGUUUGUAUCGACGGGAAGCAACGAAUCUCGUCAAUUCACGCCUUCAUCAAAGGCAAAAUACCAUGUCACGACAAGUACAAGAGAAAAUGGUACUUCACCGCGCCCGACCAUCCGAAGCGUCGUGUCCUUCCACAGAGCGUCAAGGAGUCCUUCCAAAAGAAGGAAAUCCUGAGCUUCGAAUUCGCCGCUCUCAACAGACAGCAAGAGGAGGAUCUGUUCGCACGCGUCCAGCUUGGCAUGAGCCUGAACCCGGCUGAGAAGAUGAGAGCUACCAACGGGCCCUGGCAGGAAUUCGCUCGGAUGUUUGAAGACGAUUUCAGGCCGAUCAUGAAGCUGCUUACCGCACACACCCAGUCUCGCUCUGGGGGCUUUAGGUUGUUCCUCGCAUGCUUCGCCCAGAUUCUGGAGGUCCAACAUCCGACAAGUGCAAAUGGGAUUCCAACCUUGAAGACGAGCGUAACGGCGAUCGACAAGCUUAUCAAAAACCCCAAAGCCUUAGAUGAUUCCAUGAAGAGCCACCUUGCCACGGUCUUUACGACCUUCACGGAGCUUGUUAAUGAGAGAGAAGCAGUCUUCAAGGACAAUGGCUACGAGAGGGUCAAGACCUUUUCUCCGUUGGAAGUAGUUGCGGUAGCCGUCCUGAUCUCGAAGUAUGGGGAUAAGCGAAAUCAUGAGAUGUUGCUUGGGGACAUUAGUAUGAUGAGAAUCAUAUUCCGUCAGAAGCACUUAGACCUGAAGCUAAACGGCGAUUGUUGGAGGAUGGUCUGGGAGUUUGUGGACACUUUGGAGCAAUUUCGCGGAGCGACAGAUGGAGAGACCGCGCAGAAGAAGUCGUCCUCUGCUGUUGCGAUUCAGCCUCCCGAGCUUACACCACAAGCAAGUGCCUCUGCGAAGCCUGCUAAGGAGUCUACGAAGAAGACGACCGACAAGACGCCGACCCGGAAAGCAACACCUUCGAAGACAGUAGGAAUCCCGGAUACGGUAGCCCCCAAGGGCACCAAACCGAGACCCGUCGUGGAAUCCGCAUAUGUCACUGCCGUAGGAUCUGCUGCGGAGUCAACGAAGCGAGUCGUUACUGAGCCCCCACCCGUCGCUACCGCAGAAUCUGCUGCUAAGGCUGGACGACGUGUCUCCGCUGAGCAAGCUAUGCUUGCGGCGGCAAACCAGAGAAUCCAUGAGGAGACGAGGCGCUAUGUGACGGCGAUUAAGGAUGUUCGUUGGAAAGAUCCGAUAAUAGCAAACCCUCCACAUGCUCAAGAAUCACCGCGAACACGACCUCCUCAAGGCCAUCCGACAUCGCCAGCCGUGGCCCCUGGUUCUACCCUACGACGUCGCCGCACUGAGGACGAGAGCCUUGCACGCGGCCUUGCGAACCAUCGGGCCCGCGAGCUCGGCGCCCAUGUACCAGAAACAACAUCGAGGUCUUUCCGAGAACCUGCACCAGGACGACCAGAAUCGCCUUCACUUUUCGUACGGUCUACAUCUCCAUAUUCGGUGGUCGAAGUCAGUUCAGAUUCAGAUGAUGACAUGCCCGAUGCUCCACCACCUAUGCCGAAAACCAAAACUACUUUCGACGUCCCGGAAUCUGUGCCAUUCUCCCCCGCACAGCCGUCAAACCCUCUUUCUCCGCCGCGAAGACAAGUCGCCCCAGUAACGCCAAUGGCUUCAAGGGCCCCCACGUCUCCAAUGCCCUCUCGUCCAAAAGCUCCAAUGUCCCGUCCGCCAAUGGCGUCUCGACCCAACGCGAACGUUCUGAUGGCCCCUCGACCCAGGCCCACUAGUGCUCCCGUCAAGCCAUCGAUCCCGGUUCCUGACGAAGAUGACAUCCAAGCACAGCUGUCACAAACCUUCUCACAAGAGUCUCUUGAGGAGGGCGAGAUUCGCGAACAAACUCCACAGGAUGUCAUCGAGAGACAGCGACGAGAUCUCCUGGCGGAGUUUAGAUCCACGCGGACACCCUCGACAGGUGCUAGUCACAGCGAAGAAGAUGAUGAGGAUGGCCCACCUAUCAUUCGCAAGCGACGUGCCGAUGGGUCAUUGGGGGCAUUUGGCAGUACCACACGGGCAGUCGGCCAUAAGAAGAUGAGGCGUCCUUAGUGCUGAGGCUGAUCACGGGUGAGAUGCCGGAGACAUGGACGCGGCGAGGGAUGUUCAGAAUGAUUCCGAUUCCGAUUGCUGAAACUUCUACUUAGAUUUCCCCCUUUUUUUGGGGGCAACGGUUGGUAUUGCUUUGAGUGGCCACAUUCCCCUUUCUUAACCGGCUGUUUUGCUUAUCGGGACGGGAGUACGGACUCUUAUUUCUCGAGUUUCCUUGGCUACCUUCCUAUCUCUAUUCUUGUGUUGAUACUCAGGUAUCGGGUGGUAUUUGGAGAUAGAUAGCAUGCAUCCCUUUGGCUUAGAACAUUCAUAAACAAUUUGAAUUGCAUUGACU